CGUUGGCGCCGCAAGCUAUCGUACACCAGGUUGGGAGCGCAUGAGCUUCUAAACAACACUAGACGCGUAGACGGACGGGUGCCAGAGAAGUGCAAUAAGUUGUUGAGAAGAAUAGCAAGGUUACAGCAUGAAAAAGGCUGGAUUUUAGUUGAUUACAUUUACUUAAACACUGUGAAUAUUGUGAACCUGCUCAAUUUUACAAGAGAUCUGUCAAAAGAAUUGACAUGGACAGGGAUAAGAAAAUUGAUGUUGGUUCAUCUUCUCUGGUGGACCUGAAGGCGGAGCUGCACCGCAAGCAACAGGAAUCAAAGACGCUACGCAGCAGGCCGGAACGGCGCCAGCGGCCCGAGGGCAAGUCCAAGGUCUGGGCCAAGGUCAACGCGGGCGUGGAGCAGCGCGACCUGCGCGACAAGGAGCAGACGGCGGAGGAAGCCCGCGAGUUGGACCGGUCCAGGAUGGCGUUGGAGGCGAAAGCAAGUCUUUAUGAAAAACUGCGCACGGGAACCGCGGCCCUGGAGGAUGACGCCACAAACGAACGAUUCCUCGUCAAUUUCCAGCGGAAGGUGAUCGAUGACGUCACAGAGCGACGUCAGCACCGCGCAGCAGAGGAGAAGGAGACCACAGAUCCCGAGUCCGUCACGCCAGACGACGAAUGGGUGGAGUUCACCGACUCUCUGGGUCGGUCCCGAACGGUGAUGCGCCGGGAUCUGGCCGAGUACCGACGGCGGGACCUCGGCAGGGACCCGGAUGGUGACCCAGCGCAGACGCCCGAACUCGUGUCGGAGGACGCACGGCGAGAACAGCUGCGACAGCAAUGGCAGCAGCAGGAGCUGGAGAACGCCUCAAAAACUGACAUCCAUUACCAGGAUGUGCUCUUCAACGCAGCAUGA